AUGGCCGCCGCCCUCGACGAGGAAGAUCUUUCGAUCCCACUUGCUCCCUCCGACCGCGACCAUCCCCGUGAACGAGAUCGUGUUACGAGCAAGACGGCCAGCUCGAAUCCCUCCCCCAUGGCAAUGCCUCCGCCCUCGCGCCCGACCGGUCGCCCCGACCCCACGACGCAGUCUCCGGCCACCAUGCGGGACAUGCAGCGUCUCGAUCAGUAUCAGUCCGUCAAGAUACUCGGUGAGGGUUCCUUUGGAAAGGUCAAGCUGGCCAUUCACCAGCCAAGUGGACGGCAAGUGGCUCUAAAGAUCAUCUCCCGGCGCAAGCUCCUAUCCCGGGACAUGGUUGGGCGCGUGGAGCGAGAGAUUCAGUAUCUGCAAUUGCUACGACACCCUCACAUCAUUAAACUAUACACCGUGAUCGCCACCAAAACCGACAUUGUGAUGGUCCUCGAGUAUGCCGAACGCGAAUUGUUUGAUUAUUUGGUUCGAAAGGGAAAAUGUGGUGAUGAUGAAGCCCGCAAGUUCUUCCAGCAGAUCAUUUGCGCCGUCGAGUACUGCCAUCGACACAAGAUUGUCCACCGUGAUUUGAAACCCGAGAACCUCCUCAUCGAUAGCACGAAAAGUGUCAAGAUCGCCGAUUUCGGAUUGAGUAACAUUAUGACGGAUGGAAAUUUCCUGAAGACUAGCUGUGGAAGUCCAAACUAUGCUGCUCCGGAGGUUAUCUCUGGAAAGCUCUACGCCGGCCCCGAGGUGGAUGUUUGGAGUUGCGGUGUCAUCCUCUACGUGCUUCUGGUGGGCCGCUUGCCCUUUGACGACGACUAUAUUCCUGCCCUAUUCAAAAAGAUCGCUGCAGGCAACUUCCACAUCCCCGGAUACAUCUCUCCUGGGGCAGCCCGGCUCAUUCGCGCCAUGCUUCAGGUCCACCCGGUUCACCGAAUUACCAUUCCGGAGAUUCGACAAGACCCCUGGUUCACAAAGAACCUGCCCAAGUACCUGGAGCCACCACCAGAGGAGUUCAUCGCUACAGAUGUGGACCUGAGCAAGAUCGACCCUCGUAAGGUGGGCUCUGGAAAAACGGUCCCUGUGCAGCAUAAAAUCCACCAGAUUGCCGUGUCCAAGCUGGAGCGAAGCAUGGGAUACGAUCGGGAAGAUAUCGAAGAUGCCCUGCGUCAUCCAGAGCCUAGUGCAAUCAAGGAUGCCUUUUCAAUUGUCGUUGAAAAUGAAAUGAUGCAGACCAACUCCCCAACCGACGACAAUAUAUUGGCUCAGAGUGUUUCACCCCAGCCAAGAACACCCGUACCAACUCCCGCCCAACGAACACCCACCGCUCAAAGACCCCAAGAGCAGCAACCAGCUGCGGCCCCUUCCGUUGCACAAACUCCAAGUGUCUCACGCCGCAUUCGACCAGAGGAGACUCAACAAGACGAUACCGAAGAAUUCGAAUCAGCGCGUCUCAGUCAUGUUCGGAUUUUGCCUACCAGCUUACCUUACGUGCAUGAUCAACUCAUGGAGCAACGUGACCGAGAACAAAGAGCUCGUCUCGAAGAGCGCCGACGGGAAGCCGCUCGUGCCGAAGAGGAUCAAUCGGGAUCUGAACGCAGAGAGUUGACCCCGGAAGAGCAGGCUGCAACUGCUCGGGCCUUGAAACCCCAUUCUCGCAGCGUCGUCGACCUGGAUAAGUUGAAAUUCGAACCGCCCAUUGGCCAUCCCAUCACACAACAGCCCAAGAAAUCCCGCAAAUGGCAAUUUGGCAUCCGCUCACGGAAUCAACCAUACGAGGCGAUGCUGUACUUGUACCGAGCCAUCGCCGCCCAAGGUGGAGUGUGGGAUAUUCAGCCCGUCGAAUCAGGCACGACUAUUGGUCCCGAUGCCACAUCAGACCAACCCAAGCCUCUGCAAAGCAAAUACCCCGAUCUCCCAUCAGACUACUACAUUCCUAAGGAUCCCUGGUUCAUUCGCGCCCGCUUGUUGAAAGAAGGCGUCAAAGCCCCGGGGCCAUCAACCAGUGUCUAUAACAGCCGUAGCGACCUGGAAGAACUCCGUCGGCGGUUCAACAUUUCCGGGAUCUCCGCCCCAACCGAGGACAAGGAAAAGGACAUCAAGUCUCCUACAUCCGACAACGGCGGCAUAUCCGCACCCUCAUCGGCCACGCAAAACACCGGUCUACCCAGUAUCUCGCACGGUGUCUGGGUCUUCGUUGAUAUCCAGCUCUACCAACUCGAGGAGAACAAUUACAUGGUUGACUUCAAGUGCGACGGCUACCAGAACGUUAUUCGCGCCCAUGGCGAUACAGAAUGGCACCCGAUUAGCAAGCGCUUCAUGAACAAGGAGAAGGAGGUCACUAGUCCAUACCCUUUCCUUGAUGUGGCAUCAGACCUUGUGGCUCAGCUGGCCGUGGCUAGUUAG